CAUUGGAAAUUCGUAUCAAAAUGGAUCCCAAUCAUAAUGCCCACAUGCAUGAUAUGCACCGAUGUGAACUUUGUGAGACCGCCAUAGUACACAGCUAUUGUGACUUUUGUCAUGUCAACAUCUGCAAACCCUGUAUUGGUGAACACAUCUCAGAUGGAUAUGACAAACAUAAAAUAGUCCAUUUCCAGCUACGGAAAACGACAUUAAUUUAUCCUAAAUGUGAAGUGCAUCGACAAAAGAGUUGUGAAUUAAAAUGCAAUGAUUGUAGCAUUUUUGUUUGCACUCUUUGUAUGGCCUCUAGGCAACACAAGGGACAUACAAUUUGGGUACUUGACGAUCUUUAUAAAACAAAGAAAGAACACAUGAAAAAGGACGCAGAGGAGUUACAAAACUUGGUUUAUCUUACAUAUAAAGAAAUGGCCAACGAUUUAAAAACGCAGAUGGCCAAUUUGGAUAAAGACUACAAAAAUCUUACAACUGAAAUGUCCAAACAAGGAGAAGAAUGGCAUAAAGAAAUUGACAACAUUAAACGUGCGAUGAAAACUGAAUUAAGUGAGAUUAAAGAAAAACACAAAGACAUUUUACAGAAACAAUUGGAUGAAAUCAAACAGAAACAGUCUCUCAUACUGCAGGCUUUACAAGCUACAAAACAAAUGGAGGAAUCAAAUGAAUUAUCAAUUGCAAUUGAAUACAACUCUAAAAACAGAGAGUUUAGCGAGCAUCCAACUAAGGUUAAGGUUUCGCUGCCAACAUUCAUUCCAAAACCAAUAGACAGAAAGAAGCUGUAUAGUUUAUUUGGGAAGAUCACAUCAUUAUCUACUGCAAUAGAACAAAAUGUUUUGCCGCCAACGAACACAUCCGUUGAAAAGCUACUGAAUCAACCGGAGCUGGAUGUCAAAAUACAGACUUUGCAAUCUAUGUUGAGCAAUGUUGCCUAUGCUGAUGAUGAAAAAAUAUGGACAAGUGGAGAAACAAGAGAAAUCAAUUGCUUCAACAUUAAAGGUUUACUUCUUUUUACAGUCUGGACAAAAUCGGGUGAAUAUCCAAACGACAUAGCUGUAGACAGUAGUAGGGACCUUUUAUUUUCUGAUUGGAGUACAAAGUCAAUUUAUUUAUCGAAGAAUUGGCAAACAGAAGAGUUAAUCAGAUUGCAGGAAUGGACGCCUUGUCAGCUGUGUGUCACAUCUACUGGUGAUCUCCUGGUUACUAUGUAUAGUGAUGAUACAUCUCAAUCCAAGGUUGUCCGUUACUCGGGAUCAGCUGAGAAACAAACAAUUCAAUUUGAUGAGGAAGGUAAACCUCUGUACUCAGGUAACAGCAUCAGCAAAUACAUCAGUGAAAACAGAAACCAUGACAUCUGUGUAGCUGACUAUGGGGCUGGUGCAGUAGUGGUGGUUAAUCAGGACGGAAAACUUAGAUGGAGAUACACUGGUCAUCCCUCAACAACCAAGAACGAACAAUUUUACCCUUGUGGCAUCACAACAGACAGUCAGAGUUGUAUCCUUACUGCUGAUGGUGAAAACCAUUGUAUCCACAUUCUUGAUCAGAAUGGACAGUUUCUCCGUUACAUUGAUAACUGUGAUCUUAACGAUCCUUGGGGUUUAUCAGUGGAUAAUAAUGACAAUCUAUUUGUGUGUGAAUACGAAAGUGGAAAUCUAAAGAAAAUCAAAUAUUUCAAAUAAAUGUUAUGAA